AUGUCCAGUCAACAUCAGGAUAUUGCCCUCAACCCCACUGGCUGGGGUUAUGCCACUGGACAGAACGGUCGCGUUCGGCGUUCUCUCAUCCGCUACAAAAAGUCGUCGCUGCCUCAGGGCGAAGAAUUCCAAGCAGAAGUGGCGUCUGUACAGGAUCCCCAGGCUCUCGAUCUCGCGGACACCAAGAAGAGCCAGCUAGGAGUUGUGAUAUCAACCUCAUCGGGGACCUUCGAUGCUGAGACAGGUCACGUCGUCCCGUACCAAGCCGGAUGCUUGCUUGUCAUUCGUCCUCUGUGGCGUAACAACGGAGAGUUCCAUGUUCUCUACAAGAACGACGAGCACCGGCCAAUUCGACUUUCGAUGAAACUUCCCAGGGCGUCGGCCGACUCCCAUCUCGUCUACUACGACGAGUGGACGACCUCUCUCAAGGGUCCGAUGAAGUUGAAUUCGGUCCCGAAGAAGCUUCCUAGCUUCUAG